GUGUAUCUACCGGUCGAUCGGAUCGUCGGUCCGAAGUUUGGCUGUGUACAGCAACAUUUUUUUCGGAGACAAGCUGCAUACAAACCCAACAGAAAACCAACACCAUCGAGCAACUGAUCGAGAGACCAUUACCAGCAGCGAGGCAAGUUUGAAUCAGAAAGAAAGAAUGACACCCACACCCUCGACGACGCCCCAUCCGGCGAUCCUCUACGCCCUGCCGAAAGACAAAGUGGCCCGCUCGCUCGGCGACUUCGUCAUCAAGGCCCAGGAGGAGGCCCUUUCGAAGCGCUCCAAGUUCACCCUGGCCGUCUCUGGCGGCUCGUUGGCUAAGACUUUGGUCGAAGGACUCACCGGUCGGGCCGAGGUGAAAUGGGAGAAAUGGGUCGUCUUCCUCGCCGACGAAAGAGUCGUCCCCCUAGACCACGAGGACUCUAAUUAUCGGAUCGUUCAUGAAGGCUUGUUCAGUCAAGUUCCCAUCCCGACUGAGAACAUCCAUCCUAUCUCAACCGAUCACCUCGAUGAUCCUGAAGAAGUCGCUCAUGAUUAUGAGAAACAAUUGAUGAAUGAAUUCGCAGGCAAGAAUGCGGUAGCCUUUCCACGCUUCGAUCUGAUUCUACUCGGCACAGGGCCGGACGGCCACACAUGUUCAUUAUUCCCGGGCCACGAAUUACUGAAGGAAGAUUCGACCUGGGUGUCCUGGUUGAACGACUCGCCCAAGCCGCCGUCGACCCGGAUCACGCUGACCUAUCCGGUCCUCAACCAUGCCCACAAGGUCGCCUUCGUUGCCGUCGGUGACUCCAAGAAGGGCGUCAUCCACAACGUCCUCGAUCUCCCCGAACUCGGCCUCCCCUCUUCCCUCGUGAAACCUAUCCCUCCUGGCCAAGUCUUCUGGUUUGUGGACGAGGCCGCAGCUUCUCUGACUCAAUACGUCAAGACUGACUUCAAGCUCUAGCUACGCACCUCUACUUGAAACCCUACCACUGAUCUCUCAAAAAACACACACUCACAAAAACGAAAAAAAAUCCUUUAGAAAUCAGAGUCUAGCCGUUGUUGUUGUUGUUUUGAGUUUGUAUUCUGCCCCCCACCUAAAAAAAUAAAUCAAUACAUAAAUUAUACUCUCUACAUAUGUAUAGAAACAAGAAGAAAGUUGAAGGACUGUAGAGUAUGUAUGAUUCUCCACCCUAUCUUACAUCCAUCCCCCACACCAAGAUAGAAAAAAGAUAACCUAAGAAAGAAAUGGGAUUGUUUUGCAGUGGA